CUCCCCCGUCUCUUAGCAACGGCUGGAAGCGUUGCUGACAACCGGACAGCUGUAGCACGGGAUUUAUCCCGGAGUUUCGUGGCCAACGCGAUGGCAGAGGUGGAGGAAACCCUGAAGAGGAUACAGAACCAUAAAGGGGUUAUCGGAACCAUGGUUGUAAAUGCAGAAGGCAUCCCGAUUCGGACAACCUUGGACAACUCGACGACGGUGCAGUAUGCGGGCCUUCUCCACCAGCUGACGAUGAAAGCCAAGAGCACCGUGCGUGACAUCGAUCCUCAGAACGACCUCACCUUCCUGAGGAUCAGGUCAAAGAAGCACGAAAUCAUGGUCGCUCCAGAUAAGGAAUAUCUUCUGAUUGUCAUUCAGAAUCCGUGUGAAUAGCUCUGCUGCAACCAAGUCCGCCCUGUGACACUGGAUUGAAAACACUUUACCCUUUAGUGGUGACUAAGAUUCUAUUCCAAUAUAACUGAUCCUUUGGACAUUCUCUUCUGUCUUUUACAUGUAAAGUGUUGUACACUUCUUGUCUGGCCCCCUUGAAUGUAUUGUAAAGUUGUGAUUUAGCUAUAUAAUAAAUAAAU